ACACACGCUCGUAGCGCUGCGUGGACAACUUUUUGAGACGAAAUAAAGCGUGAUGAUGACAGAAGAAAGCAGGGGCAAACGAAGGAAACAAGCCAACCCGAGGCGAAAUCGAGUAGAUGCUGAGCAGGUGAGUUCGCUGGGAUCCGAGGGGGAGGAUGAGGUCGGUCUGUGGAACCUGGAGCCCCAGGACUGCCAGGAGAGCCUGGACAAGACGAGCCUGACACCCAGCGAGGGGACGGAGGAGCCUGUCAGCCCUGCUCGUUCCACGCGGCUUCACAGCCUCAGCCCUGGCAGCAGGAAUUACUGGGGGCAGGUGGAGCAGGAGGCCGCAGAGGACCCCAGCAUAUCAUCUAACACUGACAGGGAGGGGGACCAGGACCCUUUGAGGAUGUACUGUAAUAUCUCAGACUCCCAGAAUGCCUUGGAAGACCUGGCCCACUAUGAAUUUCUGGCCCAGUUGAGGAAGGCCUCUACCUCAGCCAGCAUCUUGGACCAUCUGAACCACAACGGCACUGCAGCUGAGUACCAUCCGGGCAGCAGGCACGAUGAGCUGCCGCCCGCCAUCUGGUCACCUGGAGCUCAGCACAGCUCGCCUGAGAGCACAGAUGCAGGAAGAACACAGCAGGCCUGCCCGUUCUGCCACAGGAUGUUUCAGCGCGGAGCGUCUUUAAGGGACCACAUCAGGUACUGUCAGGACAGGGAGGGGGCCCACAUGGCCUGUCCGCUCUGUGGAUACACUGCCACCCAUAGGGCACAGAUGGAGCGGCACCUGGCACUUCACAACCAAUUGCAGGACAAGCAGAGUGCAAUGUGUUUGGAUCAAGCCAUGGAGACCAGGAAGUUUAAAUGUCUGCAGUGUGGGAAAGCUUUCAAGUACAAACACCACCUCAAGGAGCAUCUCCGUAUCCAUAGUGGUGAGAAACCGUACGAGUGCUCCAACUGCAAGAAACGAUUCUCCCACUCUGGAUCCUACAGCUCCCACUUAAGCAGCAAAAAGUGCCUGAAUGGAGGAGGGAACACAGGAGGAGCCAGUGGAGCGUUUAACGGACACAGCCAAAACUCCUUCCACCACUCAUUUCCUACAUCUCCCUCUGCAGGCGGGGGGAGAAACAGUAAUGACAAGGGCCCUCUGAUAGCAUCACAGACUCAAGAUAACAACAGAACUUUGGGUCGGAUGCAAAAAGAACCUCACCAGCGUUCCCUCCAGGACCCCAACCAUAACCACACAGGCUUCCCCGGAACAGCAGACCUGGCUCGGUUUGGGGAGCCAUCAGCAGAGCUCUCCCUGAGGGCCAGUAUACUAAAAGGGACCACCCUGCUGCCUUAUCUGCACACUGGGACCAAGUUUGAGCAGAUGCUGCAGGAGAUGCUUCACAGGAAGGUUAGGAAAGACGAGGAGUUGGAGAGAGGAAUGGAGGAAAGGAGGGCGAUUUACAACGGAGGAGGGCCGGACAGUAAGGUGUCUCCGGAGAGGAGAAGAGAGUCAGGUGAAGGAGAGAGUGGUGUGCUUGGUGUGACAUGCCGCUGGUGCUCCCAGCUUUUCCCCAAUGUGGCAGUGCUCCUGCAGCACGAGCGCUACCUCUGUAAGAUGAACCGAGAGGGAGUGGAGGUACCUGAGAGCCUUCACAGCAAAGACCUCUCCUCUCAGACUUUAUUUUUUCCCAGAUCUGCUCUCCAACCGGAGAACGGCAAACAAAGUGAAACAACAAACGGCCUCUCAGGGAACAAAUCACCCUUACAAAAGCCCAGCUGGCACUCCAUUCCGCAGCAGCUCCUAGUCGCAAUGCACUCCCCCUCUCAGCCUCUCCAUGAUGCCCGAGCAUUCUGGUCCAGCCAGGAAAAAAGAAGCCCUGGCCAACCAAUCAAUCGCUCUUCUGAGCUGUCAUCACCACAAGCCCGGAGGAGAGUUCCCUCUUCAGGAUUCGGUUCUCCAGUCUGCCUCGACCUCACCGGCUGUCAUCCUGAGCUGUCAUCUCCUCAACACCUUCUGUCUGCACAGAACGAACCUCUGGACCUCUCCCUGCCAAAGCAGCUCUCAGACCAGGACGGGGCGAACAAAACUGUUAACAGCAACUCAGCCAGAGGAGAGAAGAGAGAGCACAGCAGCCAGAAGCUUAUAAGAAUGAGUCCAACUUCACAUGUACACCUUCACCAUCAUCCCGUCUACAGCGGGGCUGGACCUCCUGUGUUUUCAGGUGCCUUAUACAACGGAUUUCCUAUUUUCCAGCAGUCUGGAUUAGGAAUUUCAGGGCAUGAUGGCACUACUGCGAUUCCAUUCAGUCAGCCAGCUAACAGCCCUGGGUUUCUCUCUACAAUGGCUUAUAUGAUGGAGGCAGACGCAGAGGCAGCACUGAAAAAGAUCCACCAGGAGAGACAAGUUCUUAUGGGUGAAGCGUUAAGCCGUGGAGCUCUGGACUACCUCUCUCUUAUGGAUGACGGUCUGGACGGGGAAGGAGGGCCGGGGAGAAAGAGACUGAAGAAGACAGACGAGGGGCUUUACGCAUGUGAUAUCUGUGAAAAAACCUUUCAGAAGAGCAGCUCUCUGCUCCGACACAAAUACGAGCACACAGGCAAGCGCCCUCAUGAGUGCAAAAUCUGCAACAAGGCCUUCAAGCACAAGCACCAUCUGAUUGAGCACAGCCGGCUGCACUCCGGAGAGAAACCCUACCAAUGUGACAAGUGUGGAAAACGCUUCUCUCACUCCGGCUCGUACUCGCAGCACAUGAACCACCGCUACGCCUACUGCAGCAAAGACCAGGACCCAGACCAGGACCCGGAGGAGAUGCCUCUCACCCCGGGGGCAGGAAACAGUCUGGGAGGACCCCUCUUUGAUGAGACCCCUCUGUCUAUGGAGGAAACCCAAACCCCGCACUCUUUUCUCAGCGAUUCUAGUCCGGAUGGAGCUGCGGAGCCACUCAAAGAGGAGGAGGAUGAAGGGGAGGAAGAAAAAGAGGCAGGAGUCAGUGACCACCGUCGUGUGGAAGACUCACAUUUGAGUGUGUCAGGGGCAGCAGAGGAGCUUGAUGGAAGCCCCAUCCAAGAUUCACCGAGGAUAGUGAACGGAGCACAACAAGAGGGAAAUAUUUACGAUGUGAGAAACCAUUCUGAGAAUACAAAGACAAAGUUGUGGGACAGAGAUUCUGCGGAGCAGAAUGGAGACUUGGAUCAAUUUGAACUAAGCCUGGAUAUAACAGAUUUACCCAGAAUAAAAACUUAAAGAAGGUGACUUCAACAUGCCCAUACAAUGCAUUUUAUAUAUUCUGUAUACACAGACAUUCUUAUCUCAUUUAGCAUCAGUUUGUACUCGAUUUACAACCAGAACAAUGCACAAAGCUUCCAAAGAAGAUGGCCUAAAGGGGAUGAAGCCAUACAAACCAAAUAUUUUGAUUAUAAAAAGUUCAGUAUUUUAUCACGAAAAAAAAGACUUGAUAUACCUACAGUGUUUGUUCGAUUUGUUUGUUCUUUUAAUUGUUUGUUGUGUUUGCCAAGAGAGCUGAAACAUUUGACUUGUUUGAGGUCCUGUGACAUUUCCAGAUGUGACAUUUCACUUAUCAUAUGCUUGCUGCUGCUGACUGUCGCACAAACUCUGAAGCAGAGGCUUUUGUUCUAUCACAUCCAGGAUUCAGUGGAUUAUAAAAAAGUUAUUUUAACAUACAAACUGUUCACAUGCAGGGAAAAGCAUCAGCUAAGAAACUAAGCCUGAGAAGAUACAAGUAUAUAAGGACUUUUAAUUAAAUGUGCUAUCAAAGUAAGAGGUUAAAUGUUACAAGUGCAGCCAGAUGUGCCUGAUGCCCGGUUAAUAUAUUGAUUCUUCCUAGUCAAUGUAAGAAAAAAAAGCAAUUUUCAUCAUCCUGUGGUAGUUUUUUGUACAAAUAUUUACAUCUUGUUUUUUUUAUUUACACAUCCAGCGAUUAUUUCAUCCCAAGCAAGUGAGGCUUCCAAAUAUAUGUAGGGGAUAUGAUGCCCUGACUUUUAACAUUCAAGCUGUGAAAUUACAAGGUACCAGCAGCUUUUAUCUUCAGGUUGAAGUAAUGCAAAGUGGCUUUAACUCUUCAGAAAUCUAUGUAGAAGUUAAGGCCAGGCAGUAAAAAAAAAAAGGAGGAACUGGAAGAGGGUUAACUUAUUUUUUUUAAAACAAAGAGCGGUUUUUAACUGUAUGCCUUGCCAGCAGAAUAGUCAUUUCUGCAUUUCUGUAUGUGAUGCCAAUAGUGGCAAAACAUGAAGUCAGUCUUUAGGGCUUUUUUUCCCUUUGAGCGAGCAAAUAAAUCUUGCACUGUGCCACUAUCUGUGCACCAAUCCCACACAGCUUCUUUAUUUAAUCUCAAGCUAAAAUAUCUCCUAUUUCUCGUAAUAACUUGCAUGUGCUUCGGCUUACUUUCACACCCCUGAAAAAAGAAUGUGUCACACAUUUGGACUGUCUGUUGAGGUGUGGUAUGAAGGUGAAAACUCAGGACACACACAUCAGCUUUUAACUUCCUCUUUCUGACUGCGGUGUAGUCAACAUGAAAAGUGCCUCAGAUACACUCACACACUGUGAGUCAUCCCACAAUGCCCUGGUACCACCAGAUAAGACGAUGCUGCAUGAGGUGUGACUAAGCUGUUAGCAUUUAUGCAUAGCGGGCACCAAAGAAACUUCAUAAUGUGUGGUUGUUCAACACCAAAGAUAUGCAUAUGUGACAUGCCAACUGCCUCUCCACUCUUGCAGAGUUCCUUACUUUUUAAUUCUGUCUUUAAAAAAAGGGUAAAAAAUGGUUUACUUUCACGUAGUGUCCUGCACAAUUUUUUAUACCUAGCAGAGUUUGCAAGUAGCUUUUGUAUUAACUUUUUAUGAGUAUUUUUGCAUGUUUGUGGAUAUUUGUAAUUAAAAUGUACAUACUUCGUCACCAUAA